AUGAGCCGCCGCGCAGCCUUCGUGUACCACGACAUCCUGUCUCGCCACGUCCUCCGCGAAGACCACGUGAUGGUCCCUACCCGCCUUCGCUACACCUACGAGCUUCUGGAGUCGUACGGCGCCUUCCAGCGUCCCAACGCCGUCCUGGUGGAGCCGCGCCAGGCCGCGGAAGAGGAGAUACUGACCUCUCACACCCGGGAGUACGGCGCCUACGGUUUCAGCGACCACGGCGACAAUCCCGUCUACUCCGGCAUGUACGAGGCUUCCUGCUGGUCCACGGGCGGCUCCCUGCUGGCAGCAGAAAUGGUGCACAAGGGAGAGGUGGACGUGGCCUUCAACUGCGCCGGCGGGCUUCACCACGCCAUGCCAGGCCGAGCCUCCGGCUUCUGCAUCUUCAAUGACCCGGUGGUAGCAAUAAAGUACCUGCUGGACCAGGGACAGCGGGUGGUUUACGUGGACAUCGACGCGCACCACGGGGACGGAGUGCAGCACGCCUUCUACGACACGGACCAAGUUAUGACCAUAUCGCUGCACCAGUCCGGCACGUACCUGUUCCCCGGCACCGGGUUUGUCAACGAGAUGGGAGCGGGAAGCGGCCUCGGCUACUCCGUCAACGUACCGCUCUACCCCUACACCAACGACGAGCUUAUCUGUGGGUCCUCAAUCAGGCAGUAG